AUGGACGACUGGGAAAAGGAGUAUGAGGAGGACCGGCGGCGGCUUGCGUUGGGCCAAGACAUCGUUCUCAACGGCCGCCGCGGUGAUUUAGAUGUAAACCCGUUUGAAGAGAAACCACCCGUGGCGUCUACUGUUCAGAUGGCACUUGAACAUGCCACGACUGCCGUUGUGGCGGAGGGAGCGAAGAAGACAUCCUCACUGACGGAUUUGUCCCCGGUGAUGUUUAAGCCAACUGUGAUGCCGGAAGAAAUUAGAGGACCAGACACUAUUGUACGCCGUGAUGAUCAGGCGGAAGUGGCCGAUAUAUACGCUCACUAUAAUAGUAAUAAUAAUAAUAAUAAUGGUGAUGAUUUCUACUCGAGACGAGAAGGUAUUUUUCAUGAUGGUGACACUGAGGUACAUGAACGAUCUCUUUUAAAGGAUGACCGGUUUGAUCUUCCAUGUCUUUCAUCAGGAUGGAGUCUUCACAGCCUUUUUAAAACGAAAAUAGGUAGAAGAAUUUUUUUUGCUGAAGUUGUUAAUACGACAUUUAAGGGAUUUAUCUCUGGUAAGGAAGCAUUAGUUGGAUGUUUUGUGACUCCAAAUUGUCUCUACAUUGGUGAUGUGGAAACAGGUGCACUGAUCAUUUGUAUUGAUAUUAUGCGACUUUUUGAGGUGUUCGUUUUCAAUGACGUUGCGAUUGGCCUACGAACGAUGGAUGCCCUAGAUCUACACUUGCAAACAUUGCAACACACACAACAAUUAGUAGAUAUUCUGCAAAAAAUAGCAACUUACUGGAAAGCAAAGAUGCAUGUAAUCCGGUCCACUGCAGAACGUGAGAAGACGUUUAAAAAAGAGAUGCGAUUGAUUGAUAAGAAAAGUUACACAUGGACACUCGCAGAGGAUCCCCGCACGGGACUUCGCAUUGUUCAUGUGACUGGGCCUUUCCUGACACCUCUUGCACCUGUUGCCGCGAAGAUACUUCAUUGGUUUGGCAACGUGCAGCAACCAUCAAAAGAUUGGAAGGGCAGUAAGGUGCGACAGCGGCGUUGUGCGUGGAUCACCGCCACGUGUUUUUUCGUAUCGAAGGCGGAGGGCCCCGGCGUUGAUGGCCGUGGGAUUCGCCACUGCGUGGCUGUGGAGUACAUGACGGAGCUCUUCGUUGGCCCCGGCGGGGAGUUGGGCGUCGCGGCUCUGCGCGGGCCGCUGCAGCCGACCGUCUUUGUCGUCUUCGACUCGGAGGCGGAGCGGAAUGCGGUGGUGUUUCUCCUGCAGGAGUGUUAUCACUACCGGCAUGCGGGGGGUGGGUCUAUUAGGGUGACGCCUGUGGAGAGCGUGGAGAGGAAGAUUAGGGAUGAGAAGAAGAUAAGUGAUUGGCGACCACAACUCUUUCUUAUGCGUCCACAGAAGGAGUUGUAUGAGUUUUUGCGAGGUCCUUCUGUAAAGAAGUAA